AAAAGCGUGUUUUUAUUCCGCCGCGCUCGCGAGCGGAAGAGUGUGUUGAUGGUGCGGAAGUGUGAGUGCUACGGGAAGCGCAACAAUAUCACUCGAAUAUCCUGUACUCGUACUGUAAACAUAUGUACCGUAAAUAAUUGAAAUAAUAGGAUUUGUAGAUGGAAUUGAAUCUCCACGGUUUGUUGGAACGAAACAACAAUACAAAUUUUUUAAAUUUUAUGUAAAUAAUGGGAUGGGCGAACGUGUGCAAGUGGUUGCUUGGAAUAACGAUAUUGAUAAUAUCGAGCAUCACAUACAAUCUAAUCAUAUUAUACAUUUGAAUGAAGUCCAGGCAAGACCUCUAAAAAUAGCACAAUUUAAUAAUGGUAAUUUGCCAUACGAAUUGCAAGUUCAAGCAAGUACUAUUAUUAUAAAUAAAGGAAAAUGUAUUCCAAUGAGUUUUACAGAUACAAAACCCGUAUAUGUUCAGUUCAACGAUAUUUUUAAUACAUCUGAACGUAUAAUAUCAGAAGGAUAUAUCAAAACAAACUUUACUGAAAUGCAUAACAACAGAUUAAACAAAAUAAUUGGUUGUGGCUCAUUAACGAAUGAAAAAUAUAAAAUUGAAGUCCACAUUAUAAAUUUUACAAAUGAAGAAUACAGUACUUUUAACAUAAAAGUGAUAAAAUAGAAAUAAUAGGUACUAUGCAGACCACAGGUAAAGAAUCAUUUGUAUUUAUCUUAUAUUGCUAAUAGAU